AAAUAAUUGGUGAUCAAGUAGCAUCCUGACUUCUGCUUUGUUAUCGAGGUCCAUCAAGACACUUGCCACUUGACUUCUUGCUGCAGAAAACAGUGCAGAUCGAAGAGAGCCAGGAAUCUUUGGUCUUGUGUUGUUGAGCACUGACGUCGCAUACCUACGGAGUACACAUGUCCGCCGACUUAAGUCGCACCUCUCCUAACCACCUCACCCUGUUUCCGCAUCCCCCUUGGAUCACAGCACGCACCUUAUAGCUAACGCCUGAGGGUGACACAGCGUGAUUGCAUCCUGGUACAGUGAGAGGCUCUUCGUUACCACCAAGAUGCCUUUGACUGUCCUCACCGAGGCAGAUAUUCGCACAAUCCUCCUAUCAUUGGCCAAGGAAGAUGCAACAGCGUUGCAGCGAAAUCUCGCAGAAGCCUUGCAUUCGUACUCGACAGGCGACACAAACUCACCGUGUUCAGCAUCCUCGCAACCCCAUCGGACGAUCAUCAAGAAGAAUGGGAUUACUACGCUGUUCAUGCCAGCCUCUACUGGAACUGCCGUUGGGAUGAAAAUUGUUUCUCUGGAACAACAACACGCCAUCAACCAUGGCAAAAAGUCGUCAGUAUCUUCAUCAGCGUCUCAUAGCACCACUGAGUCGGGGGCUAUAAAGUCCCCCGUCGGCGACUUCGCCACUCUCACUUUAACGCCUGCGUCCACCAUGUCAUCUGGUAGCAGAGAUUCCAUCGACGGAGCCUCGUUCCGGCCACCGGCUUCCAUCUCAAGUGCUCACAGCUCCACCCCAAGAGGAUCAGUGACGAUUCUCGACGCGCGGGGAAACCCAGUGGGAAUCGUUAAUGCCGAAGAGCUCACGGCUUUCAGGACAGCCCUGGCCUCAACCAUGAUGUUUCAGAAGCGACAAAAUGUGCACACGGUGACAGUAUUUGGGGCAGGUAAGCAGGCGUACUGGCACAUUAGACUAGCUUUGUUAUUCAAAGGUGACGAGAUUCGACAUGUUAACAUCAUCAACCGGUCUUUUGAACGCUCAAUCAAGUUGAUGAAGACGCUUCAAAUGGAACAGAACAGUCAUGGGUUCUGGCGGAAGGAUAUCAAGUUUUCUUGCAUGAGUCCGGAGUUCGGCGAAUACGGUCGUCUUCUGAAAGAAGAGGUCCGGAAAGCAGAUGUGAUCUUCUGUUGCACGCCAUCCCUAGACCCUCUUUUCCCAGCCGAAUUCCUCACUUCCCGCGAGGGCCAGAAGAAAGGGCGAUAUAUUUCCUGCAUAGGGAGCUACGCCCCGCACAUGGUCGAGGUCCAUCCAGAUGUCUUCAAACUAGCUGUGCAGCCGCACCAUGGACACCAUCAUCACAAGCAUGCUCGACAGGGAGGAGUCAUUAUAGUGGACAACCUAGAGUCGUGCUUGAAGGAUAGCGGCGAGAUUAUCAAGGCAAAAUUAGGACCUGAGCAUCUGGUCGAGAUUGGAGAGUUAAUGAUGAUCAAAAAAUCGGCAGAGCGAGAAGUCGAACUCGGCGGAAGUGGUGAACCUGGGCUCCUGGAAUGGCUGACCAGAGGGAAUGUCAUCUACAAGAGUGUUGGGAUGGGUCUGAUGGAUCUGGUCAUUGCCGAAGACAUGAUUCGCCUGGCCCGAGAACGGGAUGUUGGUGUCACAAUCGAGGACUUUUGAUAUUGAAGCAUGCCGUUCGGAGCCUGGUGCUCUGUCAUGUUGGCUUUCUGUUGGUAUGACGAGAAUCAUGGUGAGACCAAGAAAGCCGGGAAUUUCAGCGAGGGUGGAUCAGCUGUUGAUUGACCACAGUACGAGUACAAAGACCCAGUAGACUUAGCAAGUACCACAUGGCGGAAACUGAGGGCAUUAAUACGAUUUGAGCAUCUG